GCUCCGAGCGGAUUCAGUUUAUUCCGGCAAACGAGCCCGUACAGUUCGGGUAGGGCCUAAUUAGGAAACUGGACAUUACAGAGUGAUUUGUGCGGUACCAAGGGUCAACCGGAGAGUGUUGGUGUGCUGAAGGGAGUGAAAAGGAAAAGUGAGCCCUUUGUACCCUAAUUUCUAACGAAAAAGGAUUGAACUGAAGCCAAUGUAAAGGUGUAAACAGUGAUCUGCAAUUUAAUUUUGAUCGAAAGAAGAAAGUAACGCUAAAAUUUCAAUUUGUAUAUACAAAUUGAUGUGGAAUAAAGUGAGUGAUCAGCUAGUGCACUAAUUCUCGACGAGUCAUCAACCUUAUUUGAAGACCUGCACGAAUCGAGCGAUGAUAGCGGCGGACAAUACGUAUUUCGAGAAACUAGGAGAGAAUCAUUUCCAGGAGGUGGUUGCGAAGCUGGAGAAACUGUGGACCAGCUCCUCGGCAUACCCCGUCCCCAUGAUGGCACCCAAUGUCCUCGGGAAUACGUUGCUGAUAGCAGAUACGUGUAUAGAACCGGGCGAUCAAAACAAUAAUCAGAUCAAAGCGAACAAGUCUAUCCUGAACGUCAGAACCUCCGAGCCGGUGACGACUGUGACGGCACGUGUUCAGACAGAAGAGCUACGGAACAACUCCUCCCCAGAAGCCAGCAUCCGUAGCAGCAACAGCAGCAGUAGUAGCAGUAGUCGUACGACUUACGAGACAGUCCUGGUAUGGCGUAAUAUUAUUGCGUUCAUUUACCUGCACAGCGGAUUCCUCUACGGCGGCUACUUGCUAAUGACGUCGGCCAAGAUUAGCACGUUUUUGCUUGCCCUCGCCCUCGGAAUGUUCGGCGCGUUUGGGAUAACUGCCGGCGCGCAUCGGUUGUGGUCCCAUCGCUCCUACAAAGCCAAAUGGCCCCUGCGGUUGAUUCUGAUGUUGUCGCAGACCCUUGCCUUCCAGAACAGCAUCUACGAGUGGGUUCGGGACCAUCGCGUUCACCACAAGUUCACCGAUACGGACGCCGAUCCGCACAAUGCUCGGCGGGGCUUUUUCUUCUCCCACAUCGGGUGGCUGAUGGUGAAGAAACACCCGGACGUGAAGGCACGGGGAAAGGCGGUGGACAUGAGCGACCUGGAAACCGAUGGUAUCGUUAUGUUCCAGAAGAAGUAUUACGCCGUUUUGAUGCCUCUGUUCUGCUUUGCCAUACCAACAUACAUGGCUUAUCAUUUCCUCGACGAAACGUUCUCUAACUCGUGGUAUAUCGUGGCCAUCUUCCGUUAUGUGCUGUCUUUGAACGGAACCUGGCUGGUUAACAGCGCGGCCCACAUAUGGGGUACCAAGCCUUAUGAUAAAAACAUCUCACCCACAAACAACACCUUCGUUGGGAUCGCGGCGGUCGGCGAGGGAUGGCACAACUACCACCACGUGUUCCCGUGGGACUACAAGACGUCCGAAUUGGGCAAGUACAGUACCAACCUGACGACAGCGGUGAUCGAUGGGUUCGCUUGGCUCGGAUGGGCAUAUGACCUGAAGUCCGUCUCGGACGAAAUGAUCAAGAAGCGGGUGCUGCGGACGGGCGACGGCACGCACCAGUACAGUGAGUCCCAGCUGCGGGAGAAGAUGGUGGAAUACGUGAACCAGAUGGAUCACGAAAACGAGAGUGCCCUGUGGGGUUGGGACGACGCGGAUAUGAACGAGGAAGAUCGAAUGGAUGCCACUGUGAGCAAUAAGAUUGAUUAGUGGGAUUAAAGGAAAGGUAUUGGUGUGGAAAGGAAAGCAAUAUUUCGAGUUUAUGUAUAUCUGUAUACAGUGAAUGUUUCUCUUGUUCAGAAUCUCAUCUUGCUUCCGUUAGAUUCGUCGAGGAAGCUAUACUGUCGUUCGAUUAUCUUCUGCGUAGCUUUUAGUAUGGGUUGUUAGUGAUCGGAGGGACAGCAAAGCAACAGUAUAGCUCAAGUGAAGGUGUUUAUUUAUUUGAUAGUUGUAUUUUUUUGCGUGUUGCAAGAAAUUUUUAUAACUAGUAGUCCCGUAUGAUAGUAAUAUUAGUUCAAAACAAAUAGACAAUAAAUUAUGAAAAAAAUAAGUUU